GCGGCGCUGAUGGAGCCGGGCUCGGGGCUGGCGCAGCGUAGGGCGGGGGGCGGCGGGCUGGAGCUCGGGGCGGGCUCGGCGGGGGGGUCGCCGGCUCUGUCCGGGGGGCAGGCCCGCCGCAGGAAGCAGCCGCCGCGGCCCGCCGACUUCAAGCUGCAGGUGAUCAUCAUCGGCUCGCGAGGGGUGGGCAAGACCAGCCUGAUGGAGCGCUUCACCGACGACACCUUCUGCGAGGCCUGCAAGUCCACCGUGGGUGUUGAUUUUAAAAUCAAAACAGUAGAGCUAAGAGGAAAGAAAAUUAGAUUACAAAUCUGGGACACAGCAGGUCAGGAGAGAUUCAACAGCAUUACCUCAGCUUAUUACAGAAGUGCCAAGGGAAUUAUUUUGGUGUAUGAUAUAACCAAGAAGGAAACAUUUGAUGAUUUACCAAAAUGGAUGAAAAUGAUUGAUAAGUAUGCUUCAGAAGAUGCAGAGCUUCUAUUAGUUGGAAAUAAACUGGACUGUGAAGUUGAUCGAGAGAUUACUCGACAGCAGGGAGAGAAGUUUGCACAGCAAAUAACUGGGAUGCGGUUCUGCGAAGCAAGUGCCAAGGACAAUUUUAAUGUGGAUGAAAUAUUUCUAAAGCUUGUUGAUGACAUUCUGAAAAAGAUGCCACUGGAUGUUAUAAGAAAUGAGUUGUCCAACAGUAUCCUGUCCCUGCAGCCAGAGCCAGAAAUCCCACCAGAACUGCCUCCUCCAAGGCCACAUGUCCGUUGCUGUUGACUUGUUACUCCAUACAGAGUGGAAAAAUAGGAGUGGGAGGAUAAAGAAAGUAUCUGUACUACUCUGCACUACAAUCAUUUGGCAGUUUCUUGUUGCACUUUGUUAUUCGAGUCAGAGCUACACACUAACUUGUAAAUAUGCAAAUAUGCAAUCCUUUGUAGGAUUCAACUAUAUAACAUUUAAUUAUUGCCCUUGACCCUCACAAUGAUGUUUCAUUCAUUGCCCCAGUGUUAUAAAUACUGUACAGUUGGUUGAGAUUUACCACACUUCCAGUCGAGGAAAAAGGAGAAGUUAAAUCUAUACCUAUUCUUGACAUAAAUGUUGUAAUAGUUCUUGUUAUUAUAAACAGGCAGGCAGAAGCUCUUCUGGUAUGAAGAUAAGUAUAUGGUGCUUUGCUGACUAUUUUAAAGACAAUUUUUUUUUAAACAGAGGACUUUAUGUACAAAGCUUCCAUAAUCAGCAUUAUGUUUCAUUUUAAUGUAGUGAAAACAUUUUGGGCUGUAGCAUCCUCUGCUGACUGGAUUUGUUGAAAAGCUAAGUUUAAUUUUUGGCAGCCUUAUUUAUUUUGUUUAAUGCUGAACCCAUCCUUUUUGUACUAAGACGUCACAUCUGGUGCAAAUUUGAUUGCGCUGAAAUUGCAUCUAUUUUCUGCAUAAGCAUAAACUUAAUUGCAAGAAUCAAUAAGUUUCAAUAAAAGAAUGAAGAUUAUAUUCAAAACUCUAUAAGAAGGUAUAAAAAGCAAUGCUGCUGUCCUAGACAAAUUCUUUAAAAAAAAAACAAAAAGAUUUUCCUGUGUUAAGGAAUAUAUAUGUGUAUUUGUCUGGACAUCUCUAGGGUUGGGGGGAGGGGAAAUUAAGGUAAAAGAGGUUUUUCUUUCCUAAUAGUAGAAAUUAUUCCCAUCAAGCAAAUACUGUGUUAGAUUUUUGUCUGAUAAUGAAUUUGUGAAUUAUAUCUUUGGUAUAUCUUUUAUUAAAAUGCACUGUUUAGUUUAGCUGUGGUAAAUCGGUAGUUACAUAUUUGAAUAACUUGGUGUGUCCUGAAUGUUUGUGGUAUUGAAAAGCAUUGUGGUCUUUCUAAACUAAUGAAGUGCAAAUAAAAUUUUGUAUUUAUGAA